AUGGGGAGACACCAAUGCUGCAGGCCCAGCGCUCUCUCAGACCAGGGGAAAGGGCUCAUGUUGAGCAGCAGUGCUGUCAGUAAGAAGAGAUCCAUUCUGAGGCAGGAAGCAGAGACUCACCGAGAGUCAGAGCAGCAGAGGACAAAGGAGCUCUGUGGAUCUGAGUCUGGGAGCUUGAAUAUCCAUAAGCGAAUUCAUACUGGAGAGAAACCAUACUCUUGUACAGAUUGUGGGAAGAGAUUUUGUUAUUUAGGGAACUUUAAACAACAUGUAUUAAGUCACACUGAUAAAUCAUAUCCUUGCACUGUGUGUGGGAAGAUUUUCUGUCGCUUAGUAAACUUAACACAGCAUCAGUUGAUUCACACGAGACAGAAACUGUUCUCCUGUACUCAGUGUGGGAAGGAGUUUGAGCAUUCACAAAGCUUCAAAGAACAUCUGCACAUUCACACAGAGGAACACCCCUGCACGGAGUGUGGGAAAAGCUUCAGUCGUUUGGAAGCCUUGAAGACUCACCAGAGAAUUCAUUCAAGGGAGAAACCAUAUUCUUGUACAAAGUGUGGGGAUAGUUUUGGUAACUUAGGCCACUUAAAACUGCAUCAGCAAAUUCACACCAAAGAAACCACACUCUUACACAGUUUCAGGCAGUUAAGAACUUUAAAACAACAUCAGUUCAUUCAUUCACGUGAGAAACCUCUUAGCUGUGCCGACUGUGGUAAGAAUUUCAAUCACUUGCGGAGUUUAAUACGACAUCAGCAAAUUCAUACAGGAGAGAAACCACACUCUUGUGCUGAUUGUGGUAAGAGUUUCAGGCAGUCAGGGGGCUUGAAAAGACAUCAGCUGAUUCACACAGGAGAGAGACAUCAUUCUUGUGCCCAAUGUGGGAAGAGAUUCAGUCGCAUAGAAAGCUUAAAAACGCACCAGAGAAUGCACACAGGUGAGAAACCAUAUUCUUGUAGUGAGUGCAGUAAGAGUUUCAGUCACUUAGGGAGUUUAAAGUCUCACCAGCGAAUUCACACCAGACAGGAACAGUUGUCUUGCACAGAAUGUGGGAAGAGUGUCUGUAAUGCAGAAGACUCAAAGCAGCACUUAAUAAAUGUACAUAAACUGCAUUCCUGUACAGUGUGUGGAAAGAGAUACAAUCAAUUGCCUAUCUUAAAAAAUCAAAUAUUUCACAUUGUAAGAAAACCAUACUCCUGCACUGAAUGUGCAAGGAGUUUUACUCACCUGGGAAGCUUAAAACUACAUCAGCGAAUUCAUACAGGGGAGAAACCACAUUCUUGCACUCACUGUGGUAAGAGUUUCAGGCAAAUAGGAACUUUGAAACGACAUCAGCUAAUUCACACAGGAAAAAAGCAACACUUUUGCACUGUCUGUGAGAAGAGUUUUAAUUACAUUGGGGGCCUAAAAGCCCACCAGAGAAUUCACACUGAAGAAAAAUCAUAUGCUUGUUCUGACUGUGGAAAGAACUGCAAUCACUUAAAAAACCUAAAAAUCCACCAGAGAAUUCACACAGGAGAGAAACCAUACACUUGUACUGUUUGUCAUAAAAGUUUCUGUCAUUUAGGAAGCUUGAAGCAGCAUCAGCUUAUCCACACAGAUGACUCGUAUACCUGCUCAGUUUGUGGGAAAAUCUUCUGUCGCUUAGGAAACUUAGAACAACAUCAGCUGUUUCACACAGGGCAGAAACUGUAUUCCUGUGAUGAGUGUGGGAAGAGUUUCUCUCACUUGGGCAGUGUCAAUCUCCAUCAGCUAACACACACAGGGGUAAGACCACGAUCCUAUAGUGACUGUGGAAAAAGUUUUAAGGACCUAAAGAGCUUUAAAGAGCAUUGCAAAAUUCACACAGGAGAGGAACUGUUCUCCUGCAAUGAGUGUGGAAGCACUUUCAGUCACUUAGAAAGCUUAGUGACCCACUGUAGGAUCCACAAAGCAGGGAAAACAGAUUCUGGCACAGAAGGUGAAAAGAGUUACUGUCAUUUAGGAAACGUGAAAGAGCAGCAGAUUCACACAAACGAGAAAGCAUACUCUUGCACUAAAUGUGGGGAUACUUUUGGUAAUUUGGGGCACUUUAAGCAGCAUCAGCAAAUUCACAUCAAGGAAACUGUACCCCUGCCCUGAAUUUAAUGUCUCCAGAUGCAUUUCACUCAAGGUCUCGCAAAAAGGUCAUGCAAAAAACCUUUUUUUGUGUUGUUUUUGUGUUUUCCACAGAUUAGAACUUGUAAUUGUGUGAUUUCCUCUGUGGUCAGUAGGGGGAGGUGAGAUUAUCUGAUCUCUGUCUCUUUGUCUUUAAACAGAAUAAUUGAGAAU